UGGAACCCGCGUCUUGUUGACCGGGCCGCAGAACAUAUAGCACUGACUGUUUGAAUAAGACUCGCGACUUACAGGUCGCGUAGUUCAUAGAGCGACACACACUCGUGAGCUCCGGGCUGCAUCCUCCUUUCAGACUUCGCUCCGCGAAGCUCAGACCGGCCCUGUCGCCUUUUUCUUAGGUCCUAGCGAACAUAGAAAUGUACGGUGGCUACGGCUAUGGCACUGGCGGAUAUGGCGGGGGCGGUGGCCGCGGCGGGUAUGGCGGUGGUGGUGGCUAUGGCGCUUCUCGUGGAGGCUACGGAGGUGGCAACCGCGGCGGAAAUGACGGUGGCGCGGAGGGUGGCGCGGGCGGGGACUCGUCCUAUGUCGAGGGCAAGGUGGAGUUCCCCAACCUGGCCGAGGAGACCACGCAGGAGGGCCUGCAGCAGUACUGCGCGCAGUGGGGCCAGGUCGAGGAGUGCACGGUAGCGAAUCGUGUUGGCGUAGUUAGGUACUCGGACCCUGCGUCGGCUCAAGCACUAUUCGAUAGCGAGCACGUUAUCGACAAUGUCAAAGUCGAGCCUCGGGCCGCGCUUCCCCGCGACAAGGCCGGGACAGGAGAGCGGUGCCAAAAGAUCUUUGUGGGGGGCACUGGUGACGUGACGGAUGAGGAGCUGCGCGGCCACUUCGCCCAGUACGGCGAGAUCCAGGACUCGGUGAUCAUGCGCAAGGACGGCGUCACUCGCGGCUUCGGCUUCGUGACGUUCGCCGACCCUCUCAGCGUGGAGAAGGUGCUGGUCAUGCGCCAGGUUAUCCGCGACAAGACCGUGGACUGCAAGCGCGCCACCCCCCGUGAGAUGACGCCCUCCACCGGCGGCGGCCGCGGCGGCGGCCGCGGCGGGUACGGCGGCGGCUACAGCAGCCGCGGCGGCUACGGUGGUGGCGGCUACAGCGCUGGCGGCUACGGUGGUGGCGGCUACGGCGGCGGUUAUGGCGGUGGCUACGGCGGCGGCUAUGGCGGCGGCUACGGCGGCAUGCGGCAGCAGCAGGCUCAGGGCUAUGACGAGAGCGCUGGCAUGGGCGGUGAGAAUGCGGGACAAUACGGCGCCGCGGGCUACGGCGGCAUGAUGGCGGGCUAUCCCGCAAUGGCGGCGUACGGCGGCUACGGCGGCUACCCUGCCAUGGCGUACGGCGUCAUGGGCUACGGCGCCGGCGCCGCCGCGGGCUACGGCCGCGCGGCCAUGGCACGCAACACCGUGGGCCAGCAGCAGCGCUUCCGCCCUUACUAAAGGCCGCGAGCGGAAGAGAAGCCGCGGCGCAGGAGUACGCGUGGACAGCUGCGCCACACAGCGUGAGCUGAGGUUUGCUGCUUGCAAUGUGCUACCGAGAGGCGCAGCACAAGGUGCAAAGUAUGACCAGCAAUAACGAGUAUCUGUUUGGUUGUGCUUGUACUGUGUUAAAGAGGCGGUCGGGAGACCGCGGUGGUGGUUCCGCGCUGAGACUGAGAGAGACACGAUUUUGACGACCUCCCGCACGACAGCAGUCUUCACACCUACGUCCGUUGCAUCGGGCUUGUGACGCAACAGAAUGGAAGAGGCACAAAUGUGUCGUGUCUAUGCACGUGUUUUACGUGCGCGUUACUGAGACCGUGUAUGUCGUCAUGGUUGCGGUUGUUGGUGACGAUGAUGACCUGUUGGUUUGCAACUGAGAUGACACCUGUGCGAUGGCGUACAGGAAAGCAACGACAACAUGAACCGUCGCCGGGGCUUUGCAGAUGACUAUGGUUGAACGUGCAACGCUGAAUCAAUCCGCUCCAACACGGAGCCCAUGUAGCAUUGCAUCU